AUGGCGACGAUGACGAUGAACGGGUACGCCAACGGACACAGCAACGGCCACGCCAGUCACAACAAGCCCGGUGAAAAGGUGGACGAUGGCCAUAUUCCGCUCGGCAACCCCUCCGUGGCGACGUACGAUCGCUCCUCUGUCUCUACGUCAGGACAGGGUACGCUAGCCACACUUGAGCCGCCUGCCGAUGCGGUCCACAUCACGCCAUCGAUCGCAUUCGAUGAUGACCCAGAUUGGGUACCUGAUCCUAGCGACCCUCACUGUCUCAAGCAUGCCCAGUUCGGUCACUGCGACAACGAAGCGUAUCGGUAUGAGUCCCGAUACCAGCCUCUGGAGGAUCUGAGCGAUGCCCUUUCUGCCAAUCUCAAGAAAGGCGCCUCUCACGCCGCCGGCACGAGAAAGUCAGCACACCAUCUGCAAGCUGGAGGAUCAGAGCCGCUCGAAGAGCCAAGCUAUAUGAUCUACUUUCAGACCUAUUUCUCCUAUCUCAUCUUGAUCGUCAUCGGUCACAUGCGUGACUUUGUCGGCAAGAGAACCCACAAAAGCUCGUACAAGCAUCUCAUGGCAUACAACGGAUAUGCGGCGCUCAAUUCGGAUUUCGACUCGUUCUACACGCGCCGGCUCAAGACGCGUCUAGACGACUGUUUCUCUCGCCCCGUCACAGGCGUGCCCGGCAGGACGAUCACCUGCCUCGAUCGAACCUCUGACGAUCACUUCAACUCGUUCUCUUUCACAGGAACGACGACACAAGCGCUCAACAUCUCGUCCUACAACUAUCUCGGCUUUGCACAAUCGCGAGGUGCAUGUGCCGAUGCUGCAGAGGCCUGCAUCAAGACAUACGGUAUCGCUUCAGGCGGUCCACGUCUAGAGGCUGGCACAUCAGAUCUGCACCUCGAUGCAGAGAGGCUCGUCGCUCGGUUCCUCGGCACAGAGUCGGCCAUGAUCGUCUCGAUGGGUUUUGCGACCAACUCGACAACCUUGCCUGCUAUCUGCUCAAAGGGCUGUCUCAUCAUUUCGGACGAGCUCAAUCAUUCGUCUAUUCGAUUUGGCUCCCGUCUCUCGGGCGCGAUGGUGCGACAGUACAAGCACAAUGACAUGGACGAUCUCGAAGAGCUCCUCCGCGAGUGUAUCUCACAGGGCCAGCCAAAGACCCACCGCCCCUGGCGUAAGAUCCUCCUGAUCGUCGAAGGUCUCUAUUCGAUGGAAGGCACCCUCGUCAACUUGCCUGCUAUCGUAAAUCUGAAGCGAAAGUACAAAUUCUUCCUCUACGUCGACGAGGCUCACUCUAUCGGCGCACUCGGUCCAAGGGGCAGAGGUGUCUGUGACUACUUUGACGUCGAUCCGGGCGAGAUCGACAUCCUUAUGGGCACCUUCACAAAGAGCUUUGGCGCCGCUGGCGGCUACAUCUCAGGCAGUAAGGAGCUCGUCGACAGUAUUCGACAGAUCUGCCACUCACAGCUCUAUACCGAGGCCAUCAGCCCACCCGUCGUGAUGCAGAUCGUGACAUCGAUGGCGUCUAUCAUGGGACCCGAAGCAAUCGACGUCCUGCCCCACCUUGCCAAGACGUUGCCGCCUCAUCUCGCAGACGGAUCCGAGGGUCGCGAACGGUUGCGCAGGAUCGCAUUCAAUGCGCGCUACCUAAGUGCAGCGCUACGCAAGCUCGGCUUCAUCAUCUAUGGCCAUCGGGAUUCGCCCAUUGUGCCUCUGCUCAUCUUCUCGCCUGGUAAGCUGCGAUGGUUCAGCAAACUGAUGCUCCACCGGUGGGGCAUCGUCGUCGUCGUGGUAGCCUACCCUGCGACGCCUCUCGUUUCCGGACGAGCACGUUUCUGCGUGUCAGCGGCGCAUACAAAGGACGAUUUGGAUACCGUCAUCCGAGCCUGUGAUGAUGUCGGCACCAUCAUCGGGCUCAAGCUCGGCGGCGGCAAGCGAUGGACUGUUGAGCAGAUCAUCAACGCCCCGGUGCAAGAACUUCUGGCAGACUAG